AUGUCGUCAGAUAAUAAAGAACCCAAACGUGGUUCGAUUCAAUCGUUUUUUCGUUCGUCUUUCAAAAAAAAGAAGAUUGACAUUUCCACUGCUGUUGAUCAAUCUUCACAAACACAUCAACCAGAUGAAACAACUACUUGCUCAUCAGAUACAACUUCGAAAUCAUUAUCAUCAGCUUCACAAGCAGUUUCUUUAUCAUCAUUCAUAGCUUCGCCUUCACCACCACCUUUACCAAUUGAAACUUUACCACCAUUAUCUGUAUCAUUUAUAUCUUCACCAACACAUUAUUCAUCAUCAACAUCUUCACCAACAAAAUGUUCAUCCACAAUCUCACCAUCACGAUGUUCAUCAUCCAUGUCUUCACCAAAACAACGUUCACCAUCAAUAUCUUUAUCACCAUUAUCUCUAUCACCAAUAGCUGCAGCAGCUGUGGAAAAUUCUUCUAUUGCAUUAGACAUUAGCCGCUCUUCAAAAGAAUUACCAACACAACCAAAAUUAUCUUCAUAUCCAGUGAAUAAACAGAAUCGAUCAUUUCGCUCCAUUUGGUAUUCAACUUUUCCAUGGCUGGAGUAUUCACAACAGAGUGACGCAUUUAUAACUGGUUAUAAUAACUGGAAAAACGCUAUGGCAAAGAGCUAUGGUUUUUCUAGACAUGAAACAAGUGCAUCACAUAAAUUUGCGUGUGCAAAUUAUCAACAAUUUAUUUUACGAAAAAGUACUGAAACAACUGUUAUAAAUGUUAUUGAUAAAGGACGUAUUGAAUUAAUUAGAAAAAAUCGUCAACGUCUUACAAAAAUUGCAUCAACGGUACUUUUAUGCUCACGUCAACUAAUUUCGUUGCGUGGUAAUGAUGAAAGUGAUCUGUCUAAUAAUCGUGGAAACUUCAUUGAAAUAUUAAAGUGGUCUUCUGCAACUGAUCCAUUAGUUAAUUCAAUACUUCUUGAUAGUGCUGAUAAUGCUUCAUAUCUGUCUCCUUCAAUUCAGAAUGAACUUAUACAUUUAAUGGCAAACCAAAUACGAAAACAAAUAGCUGAAAAAGUUGGUGGACAUGUUUUUUCACUUAUGGCAGAUGAAGCAAAAGACCGUAGUGGGCAUGAACAAUUGAGUAUUGUUUUAAGAUGUAUUUCACAUGAAACAUGGAAAAAUAAUGACAAAAUUGAUCGUAAUUCAAUUUUCAAAGAAUAUCUUUUGGGAUUAGUGAAAUUGAAUGAAUUUGAUGCUGAAAGUUUGAGUAUUGAAAUAAUUAAAUACUUGUCAUUCUUUAAAAUUGAUAUAAAUAACUGUAUCGCGAUCUGUUUUGAUGGGGCAUCUGUGAUGAGUGGAAGACACUCAGGUGUUCAAGCUAUUCUACAAGAAUUAGAAAAUGAAGGUGAUGAAAGAUCAGUUGAUGCACGUGGUUUAUUAGUAGCACUUCGAGUACCAACAUUCACUAUCACUCUUUUUAUUAUUCACAAGAUAUUUGGUAUUAUUAAAAUACUUUCUGAUCAACUUAAAGCUAAAACCAUGGAUUUUUGUCAAGCUCAAUAUUUAAUAAAAUCGAUUAUUGCUAAAAUAGCUGAUCUUCGUGAUGAACAUACAUUUUCUCUUAUAUAUACAGAAAUUACAAGUUUUUGUCAAGCACAUCAUAUUGAUCUUUCAUCAACACCAAGACAGAGAAGAGUUAAAGAAGUAUCAUCAAGAUUUAAAGAUGUCUUUAUUACUAGUACUAUCGGUCAACGUGACAAUUUGAACAAUGAAGAUAAUUAUCGAAUAGAUCUCUUUUAUCCAAUAGUUGAUGCUGUAUUAAUAGAGCUGAAUGAUCGUUUUUCUGUUCAUAACAUGGAAAUUUUAAUUAGUAUAUCAGCACUUUGUCCCGAUAGCGAAAAUUUUUUGCAAAGUGAAAUAUUAAAACCAUUUGCAGUGGAAAUGAAAGCUGAUAUUUGCUCAUUAUGCAAUGAAAUUGAAGUUGUUAAAUCCAUGUUGAAAGAUUCAAAAUUAGAAAAUAUUGUUGACCUCUAUUAUCAACUAUUACCACUCAAGCAGGCAUUUCCAACAAUCAUAUCUCUUAUCAUCAUUGCUAUGACUAUACCUGUUUCAUCUACUACGUGUGAGCGCACAUUUAGCAAGAUGAAAUUAAUAAAAACAACUACACGCAACACGAUGUCAGAUAAACGAUUGAAUGAUUUAUGUGUGUUAGCAGUGGAACGUGACUUUGCCAUUGAUUUCGAAAAGCUCAUGGAUGAUUUUGCUGAUUUACAUAAAAAUUGUAGAAUUUUGCUAAAAUGA